AUGGAAGAGCCUAUGUCAACACCUGGACUGCCUGCGCGGACAUACAAGGCUGGGUCGAACCUACAGGCCGAAGAACAAAUACUCUCCUCAUCGCCGGGCUUCGCUACGCCAGCAUACCCGAUCAAGAGCCGACCCAAAGAAGUUGCGAAGCCCUUUGCGGCUCAAUUGAACACCAGUACAACGACACAUAGCGCUCCGACCGUCUUGCCGAUCCUCCUCCCCCCUCAAACCCUCAGACCUGUCGCUUUCAGGACCCUCACGAAGAAACACAACCUGACCCUGACAUCUUCGGGUCUCGGGCUGCUCUCGACAUUCAUCGGCAAAUUUUGUGGCAGUGGCUGGCGAGAGGAAGGCCUCGCAGAACGCGUGUUGGACGAGAUAGCAAAAGCAUGGAAAAAAUGCGGAGGUGGCCUCCUUGUCGAGGAUGGGCCCGAGAAAAAGCUGUCUAAUAUCCUGAAGACUCUAGAACCAUGCAUGUCAGGCGGGCGUCUGGAUACAGGCAAACUCUCCCGCAGCAACAGUUCAGUACCGAGUCCUCAUCUGUCCCGAGCGGCUUCAUUCGCCACGGGCCGACCAGAUGCCAACACAGAUAUCAGCCAGUCAAGCCUAGGACUCUCGGCCCUGAACGUGGAAGAUGAAGAGUCUCGAGAUCGAGCGGAGGAAGAAGAGCAAUCUCAACUUGAUGUCCGGUCAUGCUUGAAGGUUAUCUCAGCAUUUGACCAGCCGCGACUGAUGUACUCGACUUCAUCGAAAAGUAUGGAGCCCGUGAACAGCACAGCCAGUCUCCUUCCUUCCGUUCACCACAGGAUCUCAAUGUUCAGAAACCGUUACCACCUCGUCCACCAGCGAUUGAUGCGGAAUGAAUCAUUCCAAACUCCAUCAUUUGCGACAGCCGCACGACCACCCAGACUGAUGCAUUCAGCUAGUGGCAUGACGACAAUGCAACAAGCCUACAAGAUUACUCCCAUCGCAAACCUCCUCGGUCGAUCAGGAAGCUCUCAUCUCUUGUUGGGUAUGCUGGUACACUCUCCAGCUGGCGAUCUCUCUCUGACCGACUUAUCCGGGAGUGUGACCCUUGACCUGUCAAUAGCCCGGCCUGUGCCCGAAGAUGGUGUAUGGUUCUGUCCUGGCAUGAUCAUUCUUGUGGAAGGAACUUACGAGGAAGACGGCUCCCACAAUUCGAACCUGGGUUCGGCUGCCGGUGUAGGUGGACAGAUCAAAGGGGUCUUCGUGGCCCAUACAUUGGCCGGUCCGCCAGCUGAGCGACGAGCAUCAUCCUUAGGUAUCUCGGCUAGCUUGGACUCAGGAGGUACCACACAUGCGAGCAUGGGUACAGGAUUCGGAUGGGUCGAUUUUCUCGGUGUCGGGAGUGAGAAAGCCCUUGGGAAUCAGAUGCGGCGCAUUCAAAGACGUAUUUUCAGACCACCAACCUCCUUUCAGACCAUCAAUGUCCCAGAUGAUGACCAGAUCGAAACCGAACCGCCUCGUCGCCAAAUCGCCUUCUUGGGGGAGUGUAACCUUGACAACCCCCGGGCGUUGGAAGCAAUCCGUGCUAUUCUCUCAUCCUACAGCACCUCCAGCUCUGGACAUAUAAGUGACCUGCCCUUCUCCAUUGUGAUGAUGGGCAACUUCGUCUCGGCGGCGAGCAUGUCAGGAUCCAGCAAGGGUGGCGGUAGCAUCGAAUAUAAGGAACAUUUCGACGCUCUGGCGUCGGUCCUGUCAGAGUUUCCUCUAUUAUUGGCGAACACAACGUUCGUCUUCGUGCCAGGGGACAACGACCCGUGGGUGAGUGCCUUCUCGGCCGGGGCGAGUUGUUUGCUCCCGAGACAGGGGGUGCCAGAGGUGUUCACCAGCAGAGUUCGACGAGCGUUUACCACUGCCAACACAGAGGUUCAUGGCGGACUGAGAGAGAAAGACGCACUAAAAGGAGAGAGUAUAUGGGCGACGAACCCCGCGAGGAUAAGUCUGUUUGGACCGUUGGAAGAGAUCGUGAUGUUCCGGGACGAUAUCACCGGCCGGUUUCGGCGGAGUGCCAUCAUGUUCCCGAAGCUCGAUGCGGGUGACGAGGAGAAAGAUGCAGAAACAGACAUCCAGAAUCAGGAUCAAGACCCUUUGCAGUCCGCGGACGACAUGGACCUGGACCAUCGCCCGAGGAAGAACCUCGACAGAGCCGUCCACACCGCCACCUCACACGUUCCCAUGUCAGAUCCCACUCCAUCAUCAAACCCGCCCUCCAUCCACGCCGCGAGGAAACUCAUCAAGACCAUCCUCGACCAAUCGCACCUUGCUCCGUUUCCCCUGUCCAUCCGCCCCCAGCUGUGGGACCACAGCGCCGCGCUGUCCCUGUACCCGCUGCCCACGGCGCUCGCGCUGUGCGACGCCGAAAUGCCGGCCUUCGCCAUCAGCUACGAGGGCUGCCACGUCAUGAACGUCGGCCGGGUCGUGGACGAGUUCUCGCUACGCCGAGGCCAAGCCGCCGGUGGCGGCGGCGGUGGUGGUGGUGGCGCCCCCAGGGGGAGUGGCGUCGCGCGCUGGAUUGAAUAUGACUGUCGAAGCAGGAAAGGGGAGGAGAGGACCGUGAGGUUUUGA